GCAAUUGCUUCCUCUCCCGAGCUGCAUGGGGAGAAGUGUCAAGCCCACAUGGUGAUAUUGAAUUACUGAUGCACACUACAGUAUAUUCCCACACCCGCAUGAUUAGAAUCCAAUGCGUAUAAUGACGGCGCUAAGAUCAAAGUCGGCUGGAUUUGGGAUGCUGGCCCUUUAAGAGAGGCAGAGUGGGGAGGGCUCUGCAUCCAUAAAACAUGAGUUUAUUCAGUGGCCAUGCUAAGACAUGGUUAGGAGCGCCUCUGCACUCCAGCGUGCUCUCUCAUCACAGGCGGAGCAUCCCCGUCCGACCAAACGCUUCACACACAUGCUGCUGAGACAUGGACGCACUGAGAAGAAAGGGAUGAAACUGGACCGAGGAGCUCAAGAAAAAAACAACCGUAUAAGAAGAAGAGUGAAGAAAGAAGAAGGGGCUAAAAAGAAGAUAAGAGAGAAAGUGACGGCGCGAUAGAGGACAGUAAACAGGUGCAUCGAGGCAGAGAAUGGGCAAUUCCUCCUUCCCAGGCAUGUCACCUCUCUCUCCGUCCAUUCUGUAGUUGCAGGUCGAGAGAAGAGAAAGGGUCCCAUGAUCUCUACCGGUGAUGCUGAGUUCCCGCGGGAUUACCACACCCUGGCUGCCGGCGGCAACCGCGGGGCCCGGCGGUUCCCCGACAACAACAACGGGGGGUUCACGUCGUCCUCGCUGGACCGCCGGCACAACUCGGUGGCCGCCAAGAGCCUGGAGGCCCUGAACAGCAUCCACAAGGCGGACAUCGAACGCCAGCGAGACGCCCUCAUGGAUCUCCAGAAGAGCAAGUUCUCCAACAGCCCCGGCAGCGUGUCGCAGGGCUCCGCUCCUGCUGGACGACAGCAACAACCAAACUACUGGAGCUUCAAGACUCGCACACCACGUGUGACACGACUCAGCCCGACACAGCCAGCUCUUGCUGACCAGGCCAGCAGGGUUUCCUUUGCGUCAGCAGAAAAUCUGGAGACCAUGUCGGAGCCUGAUAUCCCCAUCGGUUUUAACCGGAUGAACCGGCUUCGCCAGAGCCUGCCGCUGGCCCGCACCUCCAGCCAGGCAAAGCUGCGGGCGCCAGGGAUCUUGUUCCUCCAGCUUGGGGAGGAGACUCGCAGGGUGCACCUGACCCACGAGCUGACCAGCCUGGAUACUCUGAGGGCCCUCAUCGUGCACAUGUUCCCCCAGAGGCUCACCAUGGCCAUGCUCAGGUCUCCCAACACAGCUCUGCUGAUUAAAGAUGAGACCCGUAAUGUCUUCUAUGAGCUGGAGGACCCACGGGACAUCCAGGACCGCUGCGUAAUUAAGAUUUACUGCAAAGAGCCCAUCUACGGCACCUACCCCGGACACCAACACCCACACCUGGCUAACGGAGACCUGCGGAGGGAGAUGGUGUAUGCUCCUCAGGACUCUUCGCCCAACCGCCGCCUCAGCAACCCGCCCAUGUCUUCUCAGCAUUCAUCUUGCUCUGCCUCCCCUCAAGGCUCACCAUCCCGCGCCCGCCUCCUCUACAGCGGCGCCAGGCCUUCUUCCUAUGCCGGGCCGCCCCACCACACCCACUCCCUGCCCCACCCGCACUCCCAGUCCCAGUCCCAGUCCCACCACUCCUCUCCCCACCAGCAGCCGCAGCUCCACCAGCCCCAUCACACCCAGCAGGCCUUCUGCUCCUCCUCCAGCGCCAUCCUGGAGCGCAGGGACGUGAAGCCUGACGAUGAAGUAGGGGGGUCCAGGAGCAUGGUGCUGCUGCGGGGAGACGAACGCGGGGGAGGGGGGAUCUACGCGGACCCCUACUCUCUGGGCCCAGACACAAGCCGGCUAAGUCUUGCAGGAGGUCCUCACUCGCCUCUCCCAGCCAGAGCAGACCCCUAUGGCUCCUUAUACCGCCGUGGAGGGGGAGGGGGCGGAGGUGGAGGUGCUGGAUCGAUGCGUUCACUCACCUCCUACACAGCAGCCGCUUUACAAGGAGAGCUGAUGGAAAGCGGGGCUCUCUACAGACCAGGGGGGCCGCUUUAUAACGAUGCCUACGCUGCGUCUAUGUUGGCCAUGGGGCUGCGGGUGCCUCCACCUUCCUCCCCACAGAAGAUACCCGACAUGAGGGAGUCCUACGCGGGCACCAUGCCCGGUCGGGGCUCUCCAGGGAGGCAGAGUUUGCGAAGGGACUCAGUGACGUCCUCUGUGUUCGGGGACAGCCCCAAAGCGCGGGGCCAGGGCUCAGGGUUAGGGCUCACCUCAGAGCAGCUCUGCCUGAUGGCCGGUCCUGGAGGGGAGGGAGGGAGUGCCGGAGGCUUUGGCUCGCCUCUGCUGGGAAAUGAAACAGAGACCCGGGAGCGGAUGGAGGCCAUGGAGAAGCAGAUAGCGAGCCUGACCGGGCUGCUGCAGAGAGUACUGAGCAGAGCGCCUGAGGCAGAGAGCCCGGAGAAGAUUGAGUCAGCCAGUGACUGCUCAGGAACUGACACUGGACGAACUAAAAAAAAGAAAGCUCUGACACCGUCUGCUCCAUUGGCCCUGAUGCCACCUCCACCGUCGGGGCCCAACCAGCCCGUGACAGUGUCCCGUCUGCAGAUGCAGCUCCACUUACAAGGCCUGCAGCAGAACACCAACGCACUGCGCAAACAACUGUCGCAGCUACGCAACAUCCAGCUGGAGAACCAGGACUCUGUCUUGUCCCUGCUGAGGCAAACCGAGUCGGAGCUAAGCCUCAUGAUGCUGGACGCCAUGCGCACCCAGGAGGACCCGCUCCAGAGACAGCGCCUCCUCGUGGAGGAGGAGAGACUCAAGUACCUGAACCAGGAGGAGCUGCUCAUCCAGCAGCUGCAUGAUCUGGAGAAGUCGGUGGAGGAGCUGCAGAGGAACUCGUCGGUCAAUCACGGCCUGGUGACGGAGCAGGACGUGGAGCAGAAAAGCAAAGAGCUGCGGAAGCUGGGAGAGACGCUCACUGAGCUCAAAAACCAGUUCCCCAGCCUGCAGAGCAAGAUGCGGGUGGUGUUGAGGGUGGAGGUGGAGGCUGUUAAGUUCCUGAAAGAGGAGCCUCACCGCCUGGACGCCCUGUUGAAGCGCUGCAACACCAUGACUGAUGCGCUCAGCAUGCUCCGCAGUCUCUUGUAUCCCUCCUAUAUGUACAGACAAGUGACCGAAGGCGUGUGGAAGGGCCCUGAGGACCUCUCCAGCCAAUCGCUGAAGAGACCGGAGGACAUGAGUCGCAGCUCUGACCUGGAUAUGCUCAACAGUCCUCCUCUCAGCCUUAGUGACCUGAGCACCAGCUCCAGCCUGGCCAACUGGAUGCCCGUGUCUGCCGGCGACAGCGACACCUCGGGCCCCGAGCAGGACAUCCAGCCUUCGAUGACGUUUAGGAACCGGGUGCUUGAUGAGCUGCCGAGUCGGCGUCCUGGCGAUAAGUCUGUGUCAGCCGAAGUCAGACUGGCGGCGGAGCGGGACUGGGAGGAGAAGCGUGCCAGCUUGACCCAGUUCAGCGCCCAGGAUAUUAACCGCUUGCUGGAAGAGACCCAGGCUGAGCUGAUGAAGGCCAUCCCGGACCUCGACUUCGCUGCCAGGCACAUCAACAAGCCUGCGGUGCCCCCCAAGCCCCAGAUCACCAUCCCAAUAACCUCCAGCGCAGCGACUUCUCCUGCAGCCGGGACCAUUGGGACCACAGCCGCCACCACCUUGACCACCACGCCCAGCGGCGACCAGCAGCCUGGCAAAGUGCAGCUGGCGGCCCAGAAGCUCAACAGUUUGGAGGGGGCUGGUUCACAUCGAGGGUCGGUGGAUCUCAGCGUGACGAGGUAUCGUACAGAGAAGCCCUCCAAGUCUCCGCCUCCACCGCCACCUCGCAGAAGCUUCCCAUCGGCACACGGCCUCACCACCAACCGCACCGGAGAGGUCAUCGUCACCGCCAAGAAUAUGAAGAUGGAGGAGGAUGGCGACAUGGCUAAAACUCUGGUGAAGCUGAGGCGGACCCCCAGUGACACCCCUCGGCCUGCCUCGACCCCGCCUGUGAUCGCAGCGUCGGCCAUUCAAGACGACGACAAUGACGAAGAGAAGAUUAUGGCUGAACUCGAGAUAUUUCAGAGAACGCCUGUAAAAGAUUGUAAUAAACUGCACAGCACCCAACCAAAGGCCGCCCCCACCCCUCCCUGCAUCUUUGGGUCCCUUGGCAGAAAGAACAGCACCAACUCUCCGGGGCCAACGAAGGGCCCCACCGUCGCAGCCAGGCUCAAACACCUUCAACAAGGCAGCCUGGAGAGGCCCAAAAGCCGCAAGCAGAAAGAGGAUUUCCCCAAAGUCCAGGGCCAGCAGCAGGUAUUCCACUUCUAAACCUCCACCUGUGAUGCUCCGUCUGCGGUCACUUCAGAGGAACUUGUGGCCCCGCCAGCAGACAAUAUGAGAGCGCUCUGCAGAAACCUUGAUUUUGACCAGUUCUUGAUGUGCGUUUUUGACAUUUGAGUUACUGGAUCUAACCUAGCUUGCUUAGAGAUCAAGUUUUUGUCGUACGAGUAUGUCGAUGUUUUGAUUUCCUGAGGAAGGUGUUGGUGGUGCUUGUGACUGAUUAAACUAGCUUUAUUAUAAUAGUCAGAUCUAUUCAGAUACAUCGUUUUCCUUACAUUGUGCGACAUAAUCUGCCACGGAAUGAUUUCAUAUCUCAAAGUGAUGAUAUUUUGCCAUCAUCCAGCCAUGUAGUCUCUUAUUGAAUCCUCAUCUCUCACUCUAUUUAUCCAGUGACGACCACACGCUGCUCUCUUUGUAUCACCCAUCCUAUAAAUCUCCAGGUUAGCGGCAGCGCUGCAGCAUUUGCACAGUGUUUAAGUGCGUUGGUGUGGCUGACCAGUGUUGGAACAGCCAAGAGGCCAAUCCAUUAAGCUAGCUUACUCAGAAUUGCCUUUUAAAAAACUUUAAUGCUACGACUUAUUAUGCAAGAUGACAAGGGUGAAGCACAGAGGUGCAAUGUCACCUGAAAAGGUGGUUUUUGUGGAGGAGCUUUUCAGUUUAAUGUGUGCAUUAAACAUAUUUAUAGAAAGUAUAAGAGAAGUCGAGAAUUAAAAUUAUAAAGAAAGACUGAGGCAGCAGAGGAAACACUAAACGGAAGCAUAUAAGCAACUGUUUAUAUACCUAAUUAUGAAAUUAAUACCACUGAAUGUAUAACGAAAAUCAUCAACAUUUUUGUUUAAAUAUACCUCUUUGAAAUUUCAAAUAUGUCAUUUUAUGCUGUGUAAUUGCAGAAAGCCGGUUUUAUGUAUUCAAGUAUUUUAAGGUAUAUUCACAGCAAACGUGAAGCGAAUUUUUGCAUGGCGCAAUUACAUGCAAAGUCAGCGUAAAAUGUUUCAUGUUGACGAAAAAUAGGAUAGGAUAAACGGUCGAGCCUGAGGUAUUAUUCUGUAUAGCAUGCAACCCACAAAAGAAAAAGAAAAUCAGAAAGGUUUUCGAGAUUGCAAAACUUGAAAUUACCUUCUGGGAAUUACAAAGAGUGUAAUUCAUAAAUUCAGAGAGAAAGUCAAAUAUUUCAGUCUUAUUAAUAAAGUCUUCCGUGGUGGUUAGAUUUCACAGUUAGGCUUUUAUUUUCUUAUAAAAUAAUUAUGGCACUUCUAUGCUUCCAACCCCUCAUCCACACAUACAGACUCAAACACUGGAGGUGCAUUCAUUAUGAAUUAAAUCUCGUAACAACAUCCUGGACCUCGAUUUAAAACGAGGCAAGGCAAAGUCGCCCAGAAGCAACAUUAGGAAGUUGAGAAAUAUUCACCUUCCUGCAAAUGUCCUCCUGGAGACAACUACUUCACCUCAGCUACGUAAAAGUAAAAACUGUCAACAGCUUCUCCGUUCAGUAUAAUAUAAAGGUAACAAGCUACUGGGAAAGUAAAUGAGAAGAUGUUGCAUAACAACACAUCGCUCAGGAACAGAAAAAUGUGGAAAUAGUAGAAAUAAACCCAAUCAGAGCUAAGUACUGUAUGCGCAAUAUAACCCACUCAAUGCUCAACACGUCCACACCAGAGAGACACUGUGUGUGUGUGUGUGUGUGUGUGUGUGUGUGUGUGUGUGUGUGUGUGUGUGUGUGUGUGUGUGUGUGUGUGAGAGAGAACAGGAGGUUAAACUGAGUACUUGGCCCUUUAGAUGUGAAGCUCCACUCAUCUUAUCUGCUCCUGCAGACGCUCCAAGCUGCCCCUGACCUGCUGAGUGGAGCAGCCCUGACCCAUCCUCGGCCACGCUCCUCUUACAGAAACCAGCUUUCACAAAAUACUCUGAAAUAGAAAAUGAUAACAGCCAGUCAGUCUCACCCAGGGAGAGCCUUAACUGCUCACACCAAUCCAUAUUUUCUCCCAGAACCAUCUGCUUUCGGGUCAGUUUCAGGAAAUCUAUUCUGAUUAAUUCAUGAUUUCAUCACAUUAAACAUGCAGUACCUCAUUUAGAAGUUUAUUUAGAGUCUGUCCUUUCCAAACACUCUCUGGAAGCAGCUCACCCGCAGGAGCCCAGACAUUAUUAGAGGCUUUACCUUGCAUGUAUCAGGUUAUGAAUUCCCAGAAAGGACGGUGUCUUUGAAUUCUAUUAGCCUCAACAGCAAUUAGCACACGGCUAACACGGCUGACCUCCGCUUGACACGGCGAUGCCAUCUGGGCAGGCGUUUCCCUUCCCUCCACACACAGACCUCGAGGAUUAGUAUUCAGGGCCGCUUGUGUCUCGUGCUGGUCUGAAUAUCUAAAUUUGUGCGCCUCAUUUCCCUUAUUGCUUUUUAAAAAUGUAUCACCCAAACAGCCUGAAAGCAAACGGUCAAAUUAUGUAGGGUUUUUGGGUGCAUAUAUUCAUAUUUACAUAGUCAGGAGUGGGCUCAUGGCUCGAGAUAAUGUCUUCAAACGUGUUAAUAUUGGACAGAAACAUCCUCAACACAGUGCAGGAUUCAAAAUUCAAAUGUUUACUGUAAUUUACAGACAAUGGGAGUAAUGAUUUGGUUUUUUAUCAGUAGAUUAUAAAUGCUGUGUUGUGUUGUGGUUUGUGGAACAAAUUCGUUCACAUGAGGGUAGGGAGGCACCGAUCCAAUUUUUUUUUUGUUCUGAUACCGUAACCUGGGCUUUGGGUAUUGGCCGAUACCGAGUAGCGAUCCGAUCCGAUCCCGCUGAAUGCCUCACUGUGUGAAAGAAACAAGAAACUGGGAUCAUUCUUUCAUGUAUAAGGCAACAUCAGGCUGGACGUAAACAUUGUAAAACAAAAUGUAACAAAUAAAUGCAUAGAUGUAAAAUUACUAAAUUGUUAUUUAUGAAAAUAAUAAAGUGUGCACCAGCAACAGGAAAUAGAAGAGUGUAAACCUUUUAAAAGCAGCAACAAACUGGUCAAAACUUUCCACUCAUUUCAUUCCAGUAUAUAAUGUAUUUAGUAUAUUAACAUAGAAUUGUAUUGAAUAGAUCGGCGCCAUCGUCACCGGUACUCGAUCCAGCUAUUUGAGUCAGUAUCGGCCUGAUAUACGUAUCGUAUCGGUGCUUCCCUACACAGGGGACAACUAAAGUUUUUCUCAUUAACUGCAAUUUACUGUCGUCACUUUAAUGUUACUUUAUUUUUUAAUCUUUCCUCAGCCUUUUCUUUUUUUCUGGAUUUAGAAUGCAGUAAACAUCACAAGAUGCCUGUUUGAAAAUCAGCAGAAAGUGGUGCGCUGUGUUCACUUGCCUCGGGCAAACGAAUGCAUUUAGAUUGGGAGAUGUUUGUUGACCGGAGGCUGUUAGAUUACAGCAUGCAUGAAGAGCUGCCGAAACAAUGUGAGCAAAAUACGCCAUAUUCUAUCUUUUGCUGACCCGUGUAUCUAUCUAUUACCAUCUAUUUUUUGGCACAGAGUUUGUUGGAAGAGUUGUGCUGCAGUAAAAA